AUGGAUGUUACAAAAUAUUACAGCUUCUGGAUCGUUGUACUUCUGUCUUUAUGGGAAUCUUCGCUUGGCCAGAUUGUCUAUUCCGUCUCCGAGGAGGUAAAUAAGGGAACUGUGAUCGGGAAUAUAGCAAAAGACCUGAAGAUCAGUGCUCAGGAACUAGAAACACGCAUGUUUCAGAUUAUGCCUGCAGGAUCAAAUGCAAAGUAUUUUGAUGUAAAUGUGAAAACGGGCUCGCUGUUUGUCAAAGACCGGAUUGAUCGCGAGGAGUUGUGUGGCAGCAAUCAGAAAUGUGCGUUAAAUUUAGAGGCUCUUGCUCAAAAUCCUCACAGAUUUUAUCGGCUUGAAAUUAUAAUUUUGGAUAUCAAUGACAAUGCUCCAUUUUUUCUGGACAGCAAUUAUAUUCUCAAUGUUACAGAGGAUGCAAAUUUGGGGGAAAGAUUUCCUCUACCAAUUGCAAAAGAUUCAGAUGUUGGCAGUAAUUCUCUAAAAGAAUACAAACUCAGUUCAAAUGAAUAUUUUUCUUUAGAUAUUCAUAGCGGUCAACAGAGUAUAUCUGCUGAUUUAGUACUACAGAAAGCUUUAGACAGAGAAAAACAAGCUGUUAUUCACUUAAUACUCACCGCUAUUGACGGAGGAAAACCUCCUAAAUCUGGAACACUGAAUGUUAUUGUUGACGUCAUGGAUGUAAACGAUAAUAAACCUAUUUUUAGCAAACCUUUGUACAAAGUUAAAGUGAAAGAAAACACAAUGAUUGGAGCCAAAAUUAUUAUUGUUUCUGCCAGUGAUUUGGAUGAGGGCAUCAACAGUGAAAUUCAAUAUUCAUUUGUUGGACAUGGAAAUACAGAUGAACUGAAACGGGUUACAGUAAAUUCUAACUCAAUCCAGACGGAAGCUGGUCCUUCUCUAAAUCCACACAACAGUACGACGUGUGUUUUAGUUCCGACACAAUAA